GGGAGAUCAGAACUUCUAGCUGGCUCUCUGCUGCCACAGCUCCACCGAAGGGUGGGGAGGAAGAGGAGGACCACUGACCCAGAGCUGAGGACAGCAGGUGUGUGCAGGUGAAUCACCUGGAUCAUGAGGUCAUCCCUCUGCUGGCUCCUCCCACUUCUCCUCAUCUUGGCCUCAGGGGCCCAAGGCCAGUCAACAAGACGACCAAGACCCGGGAGCCGGCCCAGGCCCAGGCCCCAGCCCCGGCCCAGGCCCACUCCAAGCUUUCCCCAGCCCCAUGAGCCAGCAGAGCCCACAGACCUGCCUCCCCCACUGCCUCCGGGCCCUCCAUCUGUCUUCCCUGACUGUCCCCGGGAAUGCUACUGCCCCCCUGAUUUCCCAUCGGCCCUCUACUGUGACAGCCGCAACCUGCGCAAGGUCCCUGUCAUCCCGCCCCGCAUCCAUUACCUCUAUCUCCAGAACAACUUCAUCUCUGAGCUCCCUGUGGAGUCCUUCAAGAACGCCACGGGCCUGAGGUGGAUCAACCUGGACAACAACCGGAUUCGCAAGGUAGACCAGAGGGUGCUGGAGAAACUGCCCAGCCUGGUGUUCCUCUACAUGGAGAAGAACCAGCUGGAAGAGGUGCCCUCGGCCCUGCCCCGGAACCUGGAGCAGCUGAGGCUCAGCCAGAACCACAUCUCCAGGAUCCCCCCGGGCGUCUUCAGCAAGCUGGAGAACCUGCUGCUCCUGGAUCUGCAGCACAACAGGCUGAGCGACGGCGUCUUCAAGCCCGACACCUUCCAGGGCCUCAAGAGCCUCAUGCAGCUCAACCUGGCCCACAACAUCCUGAGAAAGAUGCCACCCAAGGUCCCCUCGGCCAUUCACCAGCUCUACCUGGACAGCAACAAGAUCGAGACCAUCCCUAAUGGAUACUUCAAGGGCUUCCCCAACCUCGCCUUCAUCCGGCUGAACUACAACAGGCUGUCGGAUAGGGGACUCCCCAAGAACUCCUUCAACAUCUCCAACCUGCUCGUGCUGCACCUGUCCCACAACAAGAUUAGCAAUGUGCCGGCCAUCAACAACAAGCUGGAGCACCUGUACCUCAACAACAACAGCAUAGAGAAAAUCAAUGGGACGCAGAUCUGUCCCCAUGACCUGGUGGCCUUCCACGACUUCUCCUCAGACCUAGAGAACGUGCCACACCUGCGCUACCUGCGGCUGGAUGGGAACUUCCUGAAGCCACCCAUCCCACUGGACCUCAUGAUGUGCUUCCGCCUCCUGCAGUCCGUGGUCAUCUAGACCUUGCCCUGGGCUGGACCUCCUCCGACCGCACUUGAAGGCGCCUGUGCCCAUCAUUUUUCUCUGUCGCCCUCUCUUGCUCCCAGCCCCGCCUCUUACCUCUCCCCUUUCUGAGGAUGGGAGAUGCCGUAGGUUCUGCUGUAGCUCUGAAGCAAGACUUCCCAGGGCUUGAUUUGGUCCCACCCAGUUCAAAGGCACCCCCUGCACACACACACCCAAACGGCUGGCCUCCUGUGAUCUCCCUCUACUCCAGAAACACAGAUGUAUGCCUAA